AUGGGGGAAAGGGGGGAGGAGAAUGAGAGACAUCAAGAUAUUAAGUACUAUAUUUAACUAUCUGAAUGAAGACUACCGGCCUUUGGCUGAAGAACAACCAACCUUCCAUUGUGGGAGGAGCAAAUCGUUAGUGGAUCUUAACUGAUUGCUUUAGGUGGAAGCAAGAUCUCAUACUGAUCUCCUGACCACUACAACCAGCCCACCACCAUGAGGUUCCCUAAGCUGCCUAACCCAGGUCUGGAUGAAAGGAUCCCGUCCCACCAGGAGCUGGAGAAGUUGGAGGUGGAGGAGGCCGGGGACAGGCCCAAGUGGGACAACAAAGCCCAGUACAUGCUGACCUGUGUGGGUUUCUGUGUGGGUCUGGGGAAUGUGUGGAGGUUCCCUUACCUGUGUCAGAGUCAUGGGGGAGGAGCGUUUAUGAUUCCAUUCCUGAUCCUGCUGGUUCUGGAGGGGAUUCCACUGCUCCACCUGGAGUUUGCUAUCGGACAGCGCCUCAGGAGCGGCAGUGUUGGUGUGUGGACGGCCAUUAACCCAUAUCUGACUGGUGUUGGCGUCGCCUCCUUGUUCGUCUCCUUUCUGGUUGGGAUGUACUACAACACUAUAAUCGCCUGGGUCAUGUGGUACUUCUUCAACUCCUUCCAGGACCCUCUGCCCUGGAGCCAAUGUCCUGUCAACGCCAACCUGACCGGUGUAGUUUCAGAGUGCGCCCGGAGUUCCCCAGUGGAUUACUUCUGGUACAGGGACACCUUGAAUUCCUCCACGUCCAUCGGGGACUCUGGGGGACUGCAGUGGUGGAUGGUGUUGUGUCUACUGUGUGCCUGGCUGCUUUUGUUCGUCUGUUGUCUCCGGGGAAUCGAGACCACUGGCAAGGCUGUGUACAUAACAUCUACAUUACCCUAUGUUGUCCUCACCAUCUUCCUGAUCAGAGGAUUGACUCUCAAAGGUUCUGUGGAUGGAAUCAUAUUCCUCUUCACUCCAGAUUUGACCGAGUUGCUGAACCCGUCCACCUGGCUGGAUGCAGGGGCCCAGGUGUUCUAUUCCUUCUCCUUGGCCUUCGGAGGGCUCAUCUCCUUCUCCAGCUACAACUCGGUGCACAACAACUGUGAGCAGGAUGCAGUCAUCAUCUCCAUCAUCAACGGCCUCACGUCCAUCUACGCCGCCACAGUCAUCUACUCCAUCAUCGGCUUCAUGGCCACUGAGAAGUUUGACGCCUGUCUUGGAGGAAACAUCUUGACCCUGCUGAAUGCAUUCAACCUUCCUGAAGGAAAUAUUACAGAAAACAAUUAUGAACAAUCCCUACAGAAUUUAAAUGGCACCUUUCCAGAGAUCAUCAAUGGUCUAAACCUCAAGACCUGUGACUUGCAAACAUUCCUCAGUCAGGGUGUAGAAGGGACUGGUCUUGCAUUCAUCGUCUUCACCGAGGCCAUCUCCAAGAUGCCAAUCUCUCCAAUCUGGUCCGUCCUUUUCUUCAUCAUGCUCUUCUGUCUGGGGCUGUCCACCAUGUUUGGGAGUAUUGAAGGGACGGUGGUACCCCUGCAGAACCUCAAUAUCUUCCCCAAAAGGUGGCCUAAGGAGGUGUACACUGGCAUCGUCUGUUUGGUGUCCUUCACCAUCGCCCUGAUAUUUACCCAGCAGUCUGGGAACUACUGGCUGGCUCUUUUCGACAAAUUCGCUGGCUCCAUCCCUCUCCUCAUCAUCGCCUUCUGUGAGAUGGUAGCUGUGGUCUACAUCUAUGGCAUAGACAGGUUUAACAAAGACAUUGAGUUCAUGAUCGGACACAAGCCCAACAUCUUCUGGCAGGUGACCUGGAGGUUUGUCAGCCCGCUGAUCGUCUUUCUCAUCUUUGUUUUCUACCUCAUCACCAAUAUCAGCUCCACUUCUACAUACAUCACCUGGAAUCCAAGCUCGCCAGACUUCCCUGCCCUGGAGGUGUUAGAGUAUCCUCAGUGGAUCUACAUCAUCAUCUUCAUCCUGGCUGGAGUCCCCGCCCUCAUGGUACCUGGAGUGGCCAUAUUCAAAUUCAUCAGGAAGUCCUGCUGCAGGAAAAACAGCUAUAGAGCAGAAAUUGACACUGUCUCUGCCAAAGUUACUAUAUGAAGCAAGAAUGUUUUAGAACGCCAUGCCACCAUCAUAGCAUGGGACAACUGAGCAGAACAGAAGGAUUCAUAAAAAUUAUUUAUAAAUAUAAAUUAUUUCAUCCAGCCAACUCAUGAAGUUGAAUAACUUGAAGGGAUAUUUCGUUUUUUAGCAUGUUGAUCUAAUUUUCCACUUUCAUAUUGGAAGCUUCAUCCAGGCAGUCAAAGUUUCAUUUCAUUUCAGAGUAUUUGGCUGAUUGUGUCCACAAGUCAUGUAGCCAGACACAACAAAACACCCACCUUAUCUGGCUGAGGUCUUUAAAUGCAGGUCCAUGUAAAAACACUUCCAUUAUUUCCACGAUUUCCACAAUAUUGAUCAUAAAUGUUUUUAAAUGUGUAAAAAUUAUAAAUAUUAAAACAUUUAAUAUACAGUGGGGAGAACAUGUAUUUGAA